AAUGAAACCUAUAGCAUAUAUUAUGUGCAUUAUAUUCCCAAACACCGCAGGGUUGGUAGACGAAAAAAAAUUACAGGAGGAUAUAAUAUCAACUUCUGUGUAGGGUCGGUUCUUGGCAAAUUUUUUUAUCUAGUACUAGUAUAUGCUAGAAGCACAUGUCGUAUAACUCGGCAAGAUAUUUUAAGACAAUAAAUGUGAAAAGAAAGUGACGUCGAUAAAUAAAAGUACAAUGAUAUUAAUCAUAUUUUUAAAAGAUUCAUUAUGUAUUUAUGUGUUUGUCGGGUAUAAAUAUCUUGAUAUUCCAAGAUAUCAAAUCCACUAAAACUAAACGAGAAAACAAAGAAAACAAUGGUUGCUACAUUAGGAGGCUUAGAGCACCAUUAUCCCUAGCAACCCUAAUGGAUAUCUUAAUCAUUUUUUUACUAAUAAACAUGUGUUAAGCACUUUAUUUAAGAGCCUUCUAAUUUUUUGCCUCCAAUACAAGGUUUUUAUUUUGAAGUUCUUAAAAAGUGGAGAGUGAAGAUGAGUUUUGUGUUGUUACAAGUGGAGAGUAAAGAUUAUAUAAACAUAAGAAGAAGAUACAGAAGAGACAUAGACACAAGCAUAAUUGAUUAAAAAAAAAUAAGCAUAAGACACAAGCAAUCAAGCAUAUGCGCAGAACCAUAACAAGAACAUAUGACAUUAUGUCAUUAUCUACAGCCACCCCGACUGCUACAACAGAUGGAUAAAUGCGCAGAGCCUCUGAUAACACAACAAAAUUUAGGGCUGCAGAGUGAGAAAACAAGAACCAACAAAGCUACAACCUUUUAAAACCAAGAAGAUAAGUACAAACUACAACCUUAAAAAAAAACAAGAACCAACAAAGCUACAACCUUAAAGAAGAAUAGUCGUGUACGUCACCAGAUUCGGCACCAGACCCAUCUCGGGAAUUACGUCGAGCACCUUGUAGGCACUCUCCACAUCGUUCUUCUUACACAAAGCUUUCACGAGGAGAUUACAAGUGAAGAUGUUGGGAGUGAUUCCAAAACUCCUUGUUGUUCUAAACAUGGAGUGUACCAGAUCGAAUCUCCCGUUUGAGAUCAAUCACACGUUUUGGAAUUAAAGCCAUCUAAUUUCACGGGAGAGAGAUAGAGAUGAGAGAGAGGAGGAGACUCCUGUGUCUGACGCGUGUCUCAUAAGCGCUGGUUCUUCCUCUUCCUAAUUAAGCAACGAUUCUUCAUUUAAAAGGUAAUUUUCUUUUUUUUUAAAAUCAAAAAUAAUUUAAGCACCCUACCUAAGCAAUCCCGAUAAUCAUGCUCUUAGAAAAGAACUAAUGUAAAGAAGGAUUUAAUAAAUGGGCUUAGGCCCAUAAUGCAAGCUCGACGAGUAGACUGGCGGCAAUAGAUGGUUGUUGUAUUAUUUUAGUUUUUCCAGAACUUGUUUUCGACUUAUCGCUCGUUUAUUCGGGUUCGUUUAUAACAAAAACCGGAGUGUUAUCCGGCAAAAAAAUUUCUUUUGAGUGAAGGAACCCUAAAUCACCAUGAACAUUGAGAGAUACUCCAGGAGCAACCGAGAUAGGGUAGUCAAACUAAAUGAUGCAAUAUGCAUGAUCAGAUUCACCUCCUACCUCAUUAAUACACAAGAACAGAGUUAAACUCUGGAACUAAUUUAGUACCAUUGAUAGUUUCAAAAUGAAAUGGUUCGUUUGUCACAGUAUUUUCUAUAGAUUUUACUUCUUAUCAAAGGAACAUUUAAAAUUAACUUGGUCACUAACUGAAACCAUAAUGAUUAUCUAAUGCCACGCGCAUGAAGUGGUCAUAGAAUAUUAUACUAUGACAAAUGAAAUGGUUCUUUUGUUAUAGUAUAUUCUAUAGAUUUGAGUUCCUACCAAAGGAACAUUUUAAAAUGAUUUAUUAGUUAAACUGGCCACUAACCGGAACCAUGAUGAUUAUCUAAUGCCACGCGCAUGAAGUGUGUCAUACCUUCCUUUUACAGGGGACGUGCACAAAAUGCGAGCCUCAGUGGUCAUUGUGCGCCUGACAGCUACGGCCUCCAGCUUUCUCUUUACCCAACAAUCAUGUUUCUUCGUUUCCGUUUUCUACCUUAAAUCCUUUCAAACUCUCUCUUCCUUGUCCUCUGGUGUGGAAACAUUUCGGUGUGUUUGAUCAAAAGAAACAAAGUAGUGUGUUAUAUAAAAUGGCGGCCCUGGAUAUGGAUACGGUAUCGAAAUAUCUGGAGAGAUCGAUGCAGAACUGUUCAUUGAGUAACCAGAUAAUGAGUUUCGAAGAUGGGUUUGGUGUGACGGACGAGAGCGAAGGAGAUCAUAUACCGAUCAUAGAUAGAACGUUGGAGCUCAAUUCACACAUCCCUGUUCCUUACCAUUUGGAACAGUGUCUUGAUCUUAAGACAGGAGAGGUUUACUACGUAAACCGGAACAGUGGAAUGAGAGUGAAGGAAGAUCCGAGGAAAUUUGUCAGUAGCAGCUAUGCAGAUCAAUUCAGUGGAGACUCCGAUGUAACUGUCUUUUCAGAAGAAGGUAGCUCGUAUUACGAGAGCGAAGAGUCUUCAUCAGAGUCAUCGAGAGAAAUUUACAAAGAAGAAGUUCUUGUGGUAGCUGGUUGCAAAGCUUGUUUCAUGUAUUUCAUGGUCCCUAAACUCUUAACGGACUGCCCCAAGUGUGAAGCUCAGCUUCUCCACUUUUGAUCGACCACAUUCAGCUUCUCCUUCGACCUCCUUUUUUUUUGUUUUUUUUUUCACUUUUAUCUUCACAAAGAUUUGUUGGUUGCCUUUUAUUUCUUACUAGAGAUUUUACCGCGGUUUAUUUGUCUAUAAACAUUAAAACCUUAGAUUUUUUUAAAAAAAAAUAAGUUUUUUUUUUAA